AUGCUAGGUCGACUCUUUAAACUGACGUCCACGCAGAGUCUAAAUCUGACUCUGCUUGGCUCAGGAGGUACACAGACUGGCUCGCCCAACUCCUUCGACGAUUCGUACACCCGAGGGAUUCUCUAUGGCUCUGCUGUGAUGCUGCUGCCCCCAGUGCAUUUGUCCAUGAAGCGUUUCCGGCUUGUUGUGGCACAAGACGGAGGCGCGUUGGCGGCAAAACAGAUUCUAUACGAUCUGUUUGGCGACUCGGCUCUUGGAUCGCCCCUUGAAAGUCCAUCUGCCUCGCCGCUGGCCGGCUCGGACCUACCUAACCUACACCACAAACUCUCGCAAGUCUCGCUUCAUUCGGGGCAAUCCCGUUCUGUCCCGCACACAUCGGUCUCUCUGCCUGUUUCGCUGGAUGCAUUUCUGUCUCCGGACGUAGCGGAACUGGCGAAUGCGCUGCAACUGCCCAACAGCCACUACUUUUCUCGAGAACACGGCCAUGGCGUGACCAAUACUGCCUCUCAUGGCUCUGCUGGAGCUGUGCGCAUGUCCGCGGGCGGACUGUCGCUGCGGGCAGGCAUCAAUAGAAACGUAGUCUUGCAGAAACCUGCCCACAACAUCAAUGUGUUGACAGAUUAUAUGUUCGGACGAGGACUCCCCUCCAACGAAUGGCACACGGCCAGUAAAAUCCACAUUCUUCCUCCACUAAAUUUGGUUCAUGGCACCUCGCAGGCGAUUCUUGUCACAAGGCUCUUUCUGAUCGUAGAUGCAAACGCCGUGCUGGCUCACGAACCCGAGCCUCUACCAUGUGCCUCCUGGAGCCCUAAGUCUACUAUUCAUGCUCGUGAAUCUACCGUGCAAUUUGCAUCUCAAAGACUGGCACAGCUGCGAUUAAAUUUUACUUCUCGUUUUUCGAUCGGAAUAAUCAUCCCUUUUGAUGACCCAUCGCAAACAGUGGAGGAGACUUUGGCAAGCAAUUGGCCAUCGUUAUCGAUCCAAUUUGUGUCUUUACAAAGAGCUGUCGCUCACAAAUUGAUUCAAGCGCUAAAAAAUGGCCCUGGUCAUCAUUCCCCAUACAUUUGCAACAAACGCAUCCAAUUUCCUUCCUACAUGCUUCAAGGUGACUUGGAGCUACUGAUCCAACUCAAAAAACUCAUCAAGCUCAUAUAUUUUCAGGCUAAUGUUCCACGUUUGAUCAGCAAUCAUUCUUUGAUGGUGCAUACAUUAAAUCACAAAAAUUCUCCAUACAAGGCGAACAUGAUCAACUGGGCACUCGAAGUUAUCAACUGGCUUGAAUUUAAAGAUGGCCGCAACUCUGUUUCUGGACACAUUGGGCAUUCAAAUCUGAGUAGUAAUCUUGUCGGGUCUUUCACGGGACUAACAACUCACCUCAGCGCACGCUCAACCGAAGGCAUACAGCUGUCAAACACCUUCUUGGCGAGCUUGUUCGCUCUCAUUAUGCCUUUGCGAGAAUCCCUUUCAGCGCGAACCUUGGAAACUACUGAUGAGGACUCGGAUGUAAAGGAGAUCACGAGAGUUGUGGUCAUGACCAGCAAUUCGACAGUCGCAAAGAAAUUGAUCUUUCUUCUUUGUGGACUCAUACCAGAUGCUAAAUUCUUGUAUCAACUCGACAAUACUUCGACCAGCCCUAGUUUCGCUUCAUCCGAGAGCGAGAGUCAAGAACGAGAGAUUUCCACUCGUGAUCUGCCUCUUCAUCCAUUCAACGAAUCUCUGAAGCAUUCUUCCAACCAAGAUAUGAAGGUAUCCACAGGUCCUAAGCUGGAAACUUUUCUAAGCCAACGACAUGCUCUAUCAGAAAGUCCACGAAUUAAUUCUGACAGUCCUCUCAACUUGGUGCGUCCAAUACCAAUCCAACGGCAAGUGCUGUCGGAAUCAGAAGUGCCAUCGGAUGAUUCAGUGUGUGCCUCGGUCUCCUCCACAAAAGGAUGGGAAGUUCCUGCUAAAUCUACAACAUGCGCAUCUUUUAGUAAGAGUAGUACAACUCCCGUUCCAACAAAGUCUGUGGCAAUUUCCCAAAAGCCAGUAUCCAGUGAGCGGUCGGGCAAUGGCUCUUCAAUGGCAUACUUGUCAUCGUCUUUGAACUCCUCGCUAUCUUCGAGCGCUUCGAAUUAUUCUCUUCUGAAACUCGGAAAUAGUUUCAUGGACAAAUGGAAGCAUUCUCUUGUUGGUUCAAAUUCAUUUACACCUCAUAAUGUUCAUGAAUCGUUCGAGCCGCCUAUGUUCAUUGAUUCUUUGCGCAAGAUUGGUCCCCCUGGAACAAAGUCUCCUUCUCCAGCAACACUCGACGACCAUGCUUGGCCCUCUCACCCAAUGAAUAGUGCUACCAGCUCUCCGUCAAGACCGAGGUUUUCGAGGACUCAAUCGGUAUUCAAUGUAUGCAACGAUACACUGUUGAAGACGAGAGAGUCGAGCUUAAAGCUUUCUACACCAAAUGUCGAGCGUACAGUUCAUUCGAUAAUUAUACCUUCAGGUCCCGCUCAUGAGAAGAGUAUGAAAUCAAGAAAUGAGCAGCUCAUUCGUGAUCGAAUCAGCCGGAUCUUUCUGCAAGAUGUCGAAAUUAUCAGUCAAAAUGAACUGAGUAUCGUUUUGAAGGAUCCCUUCGAGAAGCAAGCAGAUGAUCUGGCUGCAUCAGUGGAACCACUGUACUCUUCCCCAUAUCAGAGACGGUUGUUUCUCCAACCGCAUGUUGCUUUUGUAGAGGAGUUCCGGCCAGAGUGUGUGAUUCAAUCUUGUCCAGCCAACCCCAAAUUAGAGACGCAAGUCAUCAAUGCGAUGAAAAACGAUCUUAUAUUUUACCAAAAUAACUGCAACUUCAAGAAGGUUGUGUCGAAAACGGUGUUCAUUAGUCUCCGCGCGCGUGACAUCAAGCUUAUAGAGCUAAAAGUCGGCGGCCAGGAUAAAAGCCCUAACUCUCACUUUGGCCCAACGACUCCGACACAAGAACACGCCAUACCUAUAGGUGCAAACUCGCCGAUAUCUUCCUAUUUCGGAGGCCACGAUAGUGGGCAAACUGUCAGCGAGCGUAGAGGCUCAGUUGGAGCCAAUAAUUACAAAACGUCGAUUCGCAGAGUGUUCUCACCUGGCCGAAAUUCCGGCGACAAAGAGUUGAUCAAUCUAAUAGAAAACCAGCUCGAAAGACUCACUGAGGUGGUGGCGGUGAUGAAUGGUGACCAAAACGCCCCGAAAGCUGCAAAACAAGAGCUCAACAAGAUGUUGUUUGAUGCAGUCAGGGCAAUAAUUACGUAA